AUGGAUGAGCUUUUCGAUGUCUUCGAGGACCAGCCCCAGGCGGCCAAGCCCUCCGAAUCUGUACCCCGACGACCGAAGAAAGAAAAGAGCAAGAAGCGCCAGGUAAAUGGUGAUGUGAAGGAAAAUGUUGACAAGCCGGAACCAAAGGAGAGCGCAACUACUGCCGAUGUCGCCGAUCGGGAUGUCGAGGAAGAGAAUGCUUCACGCUCGGAUAACAACAAUCAACCCGAUGCGAAACGAUUGCGACUAGAAGAGGAGCCGGAACCCGUAGUUGCGGAUUUGUUUGAAACGGCGCAAGAACGAGAGAUCGCAGGUUCCGUGGGACUUCAAGCUGAGAAAGAUGCCGGUUCUGUGGUAUUGUCUCAUCAGGUCCGGCAUCAAGUCGCCAUUCCCCCAAAAUACCCAUACGUGCCUAUUUCUCAACACAAAGCCCCCGAGAACCCCGCAAGAGUGUGGCCAUUCACCCUCGAUCCAUUCCAGCAGGUCGCUGUCUCAUCAAUCGAAAGAGGGGAAAGUGUGCUAGUUUCGGCCCAUACCAGUGCGGGUAAGACAGUGGUUGCGGAAUAUGCUAUUGCGCAGAGUUUGAAGAACAAUCAAAGGGUCAUCUACACGAGUCCAAUCAAAGCUCUGAGUAACCAAAAGUAUCGAGAGUUUGCCGCAGACUUUGGCGACGUUGGUCUAAUGACCGGAGAUGUGACUAUCAACCCUACCGCUACUUGCUUGGUCAUGACGACAGAAAUUCUGCGAUCCAUGCUGUACCGCGGCUCUGAGAUCAUGCGCGAAGUCGCCUGGGUGAUCUUUGACGAAAUCCAUUACAUGCGAGACGCCACGCGAGGUGUUGUUUGGGAAGAAACGAUCAUUCUACUCCCCGAUAAGGUCCGAUACGUGUUUUUGUCUGCUACGAUACCCAACGCCAUGCAGUUCGCGGAGUGGAUUGUCAAAAUGCACAACCAGCCCUGUCACGUUGUAUAUACCGAUUUUAGACCUACACCACUACAACACUAUUUCUUCCCCGCUGGUUCUGAAGGAAUGCAUCUGAUUGUGGAUGAAAAGGGCGCUUUUCGGGAGGAGAACUUUCAAAAGGCCAUGAGCUCCAUCGCAGACAAGAAGGGAGACGACCCGUCGGACGCGCUCGCCAAGCGGAAAGGAAAGGGCAAAGAUAAGAAGUUAAACAAAGGCGGAAAUCAAGAUAGAGAUGACAUCUAUAAGAUCGUCAAGAUGAUCAUGCUCAAGAGCCUGAAUCCUGUGAUCGUCUUCAGUUUCAGCAAGCGUGAAUGCGAGUUCUAUGCUCUGAAAAUGAGGAGCUUGGCGUUCAACGACGACUCCGAGAAGGAGAUGGUCUCCAAGGUUUUCAACAGCGCGAUUGAAAUGCUGUCAGAGGAGGACAGAAACUUGCCUCAAAUUCAAAACAUCCUACCCCUUCUUCGCAGAGGUAUCGGCGUUCAUCAUUCUGGGCUUCUUCCCAUUCUUAAGGAAACCAUCGAAAUCCUGUUCCAAGAGGGACUUAUCAAGGUCCUUUUCGCGACAGAAACAUUCUCCAUCGGUCUCAACAUGCCCGCCAAAACUGUCGUCUUCACUAGCGUCCGAAAGUUUGACGGUUUCAGCCAGCGGUGGGUCACUCCAUCUGAAUUUGUGCAAAUGUCAGGCCGCGCUGGUCGAAGAGGUCUUGACGACCGUGGUAUUGUGAUCAUGAUGAUAGGCGAGGAAAUGGACCCUGCUGUGGCCAAGGAAAUUGUUCGUGGAGAGCAGGACCGUUUGAAUUCCGCGUUCCAUUUGGGAUACAAUAUGAUCCUCAAUCUAAUGCGCGUGGAGGGUAUCUCACCAGAGUUUAUGUUGGAAAGGUGUUUCUAUCAAUUCCAGAACACUGCUGGUCUAGCAGGACUUGAAAAGGAACUUGCUGAGUCAGAGGAAAAGAGGGCAAAUAUGACUAUUCCAGACGAAGGGACGAUUCGUGAAUAUUACGAUAUUCGAACCCAGGUUGACCAGUUCAAUGACGACGUACGAGCGGUCAUCAGUCAUCCUACGUAUUCCAUAGCCUAUCUCCAGCCUGGGCGGUUGGUUCACAUCAAGUACAAAGAGUUUGAUUUCGGCUGGGGGAUUGUUGUAAACAACAAGAAACGCAAACCACCGAAGAACUCCACGCAGGAAUUUAGCGAUCAUGAGGCCUGGGUUGUUGAUGUUCUUUUGAAAGUUGCCGACGGAUCAUCUAUUGGCACCCAGACAUUCGAAGAUCUGCCACAAGGUGUGCGCCCUCCAAAGGAAGGCGAAAAAUACCAAACCGCGGUUGUUCCGCUCCUUCUCAACUGCGUUCAAGCCAUCUCACAUGUGCGGAUCUUCCCACCAAAAGACUUACAGACCGCGAAUGCGCGGGAUUCUAUGGGGAAGAAAGUGGAUGAAGUUAAGCGGCGGUUCCCUGAUGGUAUUGCUGUUCUCGACCCGAUCGAAGAUAUGGGAAUUAAGGAUGAUGAAUUCAAGAAAACGUUAAGGAAAAUUGAGGUCCUCGAGUCUCGUUUGGUCUCAAAUCCACUGCACAACUCUCCGCGAUUGGAGGAGUUGUAUAAUCAAUAUUCAGAGAAGGUGGAUUUGGGGAACAAGAUCAAAGCGACCAAGAAGAAGAUAUCCGAAGGCAUGGCGAUACAGCAACUAGAUGAACUGAAAUGCCGAAAACGAGUUCUUCGCCGCUUCGGGUUCAUCAACGAGGCCGAAGUCGUGCAGCUGAAAGCACGUGUGGCAUGUGAAAUCAGCACCGGCGACGAGUUGAUGCUCAGUGAGCUUCUUUUCAACGGCUUCUUCAAUAAGCUCACCCCGGAGCAAGCAGCGUCCGUAUUGAGCGUAUUCGUAUUUGAAGAAAAAACAAAGGAGACGCCGGCGCUGUCUAAGGAUGAGCUUUCGAAACCCCUCAAGGAGAUCCAAGCGCAAGCACGGAUCGUCGCCAAAGUCGCACAGGAGUCGAAACUAGCAGUCAGCGAAGAAGAUUACGUUCAGAGCUUCCACUGGGAACUCAUGGAAGUUAUUUACGAAUGGGCUAACGGGAAAUCAUUUGCUGAUAUCUGCGGUAUGACCGAUGUUUACGAAGGCAGUUUAAUCCGUGUCUUCCGUCGGUUAGAAGAGUGUCUGCGACAAAUGGCUCAGGCAGCCAAGGUUAUGGGCAGCGAGGAGCUUGAAAGUAAAUUUGAGACAGCGUUGACAAAGGUUCGCAGGGACAUUGUCGCCGCUCAGUCCCUGUAUCUGUAG